AUGUUGCUGCCGUCGCAAUCGAUGUUGCUGCUGUUGUGGCUGCUGCUGCCGUUGCUUGGAUUAACUGCGGCACAGCUGCUGAAUCAUCCACCACAUUUUGUGGCAGGCACCGGAGACAUGUCCCGGUUUAGUCUGUCAGAACAUACGCCAGUUGGCAGUCCAGUUUAUCAGCUGAAAGGCAUCGACCCGGAGGGAGGCCGACUCAAGUACAGCAUAUCUGGCCCAGUUUUCUCCGUGGAUCGGGAAACGGGAGUUGUGCGAUUGCGACAGGAACUCGAUCGGGAGACUCAAGAUACCAUUGAGGUUAUUAUCAGCAUCACCGAUGAGGGAAUUUACGGCACUGAACCGAACACAGUAUCUCAGCGUCGUGAGAUUCCCGUGCGGGAUUAUAACGAUAAUCAGCCCAUAUUCUUUGGAAGACCCUACACAGCCAGCGUCAGCGAGUCUCUUCCUGUGGGCGGCGAGCUGACAAUUGAACCGCCAAUACUGGUCGUCGAUCGUGAUGAGGGCAUCAAUGCAGAGGUGCAGCUCAAGUGUGUAGAGGAGAGCGACAUUUGCGAUAUAUUUGAGAUACGCGCUGUCAAGUUGGCCGAUGGCAAUUACACUGCGAGGGUGGCCCUUAAACAGGCACUCGACUUUGAAAGUCGACCCUCCUAUAUCAUGACCAUAGCUGCAUCCGAUAGCGCCUUGGAAAAUCGCCUUACAUCGUUUGCAACCAUCUCAAUUAAUGUGAUCGAUGUUCAGGAUCAAGCACCUGUCUUUACUAAUGCUCCCUAUUCCGCAACUAUUGCAGAAAAUACUCCAGCGGGAGUGAGUAUACUGACUGUCAAGGCUAUUGAUGGCGAUGUGGGGAUUCCCAGGGAGAUCUUCCUCUCGCUGGAGGACGAACCUUUUGGUCACUUUGAGCUGGUGCCAUUCGGAGAUCCCAUCGACGGUACAGCCACGUUGAGAACUACAAGUGAGCCUUUGGAUCGGGAGAAUCCUGACAUACUUCAAAACGGCGGCGUCUAUGUAUUCUCUAUAAGGGCCACGGAGCUGAUAGAUGGUGCCAUUCCCGCAGAUCAUUCCAUCACGCGAGUGACCAUUGUUGUAACGGAUGUCGACGAUCAUAAGCCUGAGUUUUCUGCCACCCAUUUCAAUGUUUCAAUUGCGGAGAAUUUGGCUAACGGAAUGCCGUUGCCAGGUCUUUCCAUCUUCGUGGAUGAUCGCGACAUGGGCGAAAAUAGUCGAUAUCAGCUUAAGUUAGAUGAUGUAUCUAAUGCUGCAGGCGUUUUUGCAGUCUCUCCUACCGAGGCGCAGGGGCGUACUCCAGUUGUGGUUAAGGUUCUCGAUGCCAGUCGCCUGGAUUACGAUAAUCCCGCACAGCGUAAAUUCGAAUUCGACUUGGUUGCCACCUCGAAGGGCGUGGAACAGGCGAAGGCACGUGUGGAGGUCCAUUUACUGGAUGCCAAUGACAAUGCUCCCGUCUUUGCCCAGCAAACUUAUCGCUUUACUGCUCCGGAGAAUCUAACAAUCGAUGCGCUAAUCGGCUUCGUGAACGCCACCGAUGCAGACUCGGCUGAAUUCGGUCAUGUGCAGUAUGUUCUCAAAGGAUUUGGUGCGGAUAACUUCUAUGUAAAUCCAGAAACUGGAGGCGUUUAUUUGCAGAAGCCAUUGGAUUACGAGAAGCAGAGCACAUAUAGUCUGACUGUCGUAGCUGUUGAUGGCGGUGGUAGAGAAUCUAAUGCCAACCUCUUCGUGGAUGUCGUCGAUGUCAAUGAUAACUAUCCGAGGUUUGAAAGCGAUGAAUACAGUCGCACCAUACGUGAGGGAGCCUCAAUCUUUGAGCCACAGUUCUUUGUGAGAGCUCACGAUGCAGAUGGCGUCAGUCAGGGCAAUGGCAAAGUGAAAUACGCUUUGGUUUCGGAAAACAGCAUUGCCGGAAAUGUGUUCCGCAUUGAGCCGGAAACGGGAGAAAUAACACUGCAGAAGGCGGCCAGAUCUAUGGACACGGAGCGCGGGGAGUACGAGUUGGUCGUUUCCGCUACGGAUUUUGGCAUCCCUCCAUUGACAAACACUACACGUGUCCUGGUACGCGUUGGCAUCUCCGGCAAUCAGCGUCCCAUCUUCAAAGGACACUUUCAGAAUGUGGAGAAUCUGCCAGUCAUAGGACCUCCCAGUUACAGGGUAUCUAUACCAGAGAAUGCAGCACCAGGCUACAAUGUGACAACUGUUUCCGCACACGAUCCCGACGGUCUGGAUGAUCUGCUCAGAUACCGCAUUGUAGGAGCCAAUGACAAUUUCCAGAUCAACGAACUAACGGGUUUGAUUACAGUCUCCCCUCAAGCACGCAUUGAUCGCGACCUGAACAUGAAUAGCUUCGAGAUAAUUGUGAAUGCCGUGGACUCGGGUAGUCCCAUUCCGGAAACUGCAACAACCACAGUCUAUGUGAAUGUCAAGGACAUCAACGAUGAGAAGCCCAAGUUCGAGCAGGCGAGUUAUGCAGCCUAUGUCUCCGAGCGCACCGUAAUCGGAGAGAGUGUCUUAAGGGUCAAGGCCAUCGAUAAGGAUCUCAAUUCCCGUCUGGAGUACAGUUUGCAGGGUCCAGUGAAGGCCACGACCAAGGCUGGAGUCAGCAUCGCCAAUCGCAGCAGCUAUCCCGUACAGGAAGCCUUCCGCAUUGACAGCCAAACCGGAGAAAUCUUCGUGAACAGCUCUCUACGUCAUGAUGUUGCAGCGAUUAUUAUUUUCACAGUGUCUGUGAAGGAUCUAAAUGCCGAAGUCGAUCCAGAGGAGCAGGUGGACACCACUGAGGUGACAGUGUAUGUGCAGUCCUUCAAGGACAAGGAUCCUGUGUUUAAGAAUCCUGGCUGGAGCAGCUCUCGACCCGUGGUCAGCAUCAAGAUCAAAGAGGAAAUGCCCAUUGACAGUGCACUUUUCAUACUCCAAGCUGAGGAUCCUGUGACAAAACAACCAAUAACGAGCUUUGAACUGAUAGAACCAAAGCAACUAGAAUAUUUCCAGAUAUCGGAGCGAACUGGCGAAGUUAUACUAAAGAAACGCUUGGACUAUGAAGCUCUGGCAGAGACUGGAAGCGCAGAGUUUGAGCUCCAAGUGAGAGCCAACAGCGCCGAUCGACAGCGAAGUACCGUCAGUCGAGUUAACAUAACUGUUGAGAAUGUGAACGAUAACAGUCCGAUCUUCGAGCAAGCUUCCUACCAUGCUACAAUCAUCGAGAACAAGGGAUAUCCAGAGCGAGUGGUUCAAGUGAAGGCUCACGAUAAGGAUGCGAGUCUCAACAGUCGGGAUGAGCAAUUAGGUUACCAUAAGAUCAUCUACUCCCUGCAGGGAGAGUUCGCAAUGCUGUUCGAGAUCAACAACCUGACGGGACAGAUCGUCGUCGCACAUAAUCAGAGCAUCGAUCGGGAACGUACUCCCCACAUUCGACUCCAAGUGAAGGCCGAGGACUCUCCCGGAAAGCCCACCGAUGCCAAACAGAGCGUUGUUGAACUACUGAUCGAUGUACUGGAUGUUAAUGAUAAUGCUCCCGAGUUUUCAAAGAAAGUCUACAGCACCGUCAUACCGGAGAGUGCUCAACAAAUGGAGAAUGUGUUGCAACUCGAGGCUACCGAUGCGGAUGAAGGACCUGGAGGGGAAGUGCGCUAUGAACUCGUCAACGAGGGCGAGGCCAAUGGACUGUUUAACAUCAAUGCACAGAAUGGAAUGAUUUCAACACGUCGCAACCUUACGGGCAAAGGACGUGCCGAGGCCUAUGUGCUCAUUGUGCGCGCCCAGGACAAUGGGAAUCAGGUUCCCAAGCAGCCUACGCUCUUUUCGGACGUAGAAGUUCGCAUUUUCAUUGGCGAUGUAAGUGCCAACGAUGGUGUGCCCUACUUUGUGGCACCUCGAGUGGGCCAGAAGGCUAAUGUGACGGAGAAUGCGGCAAUUGGCGCACCCGUUUUCCAAGUGAUUGCGAGCGAUCCGGAUGACAAUAGCACACCUUCUGGCACAAUUACCUAUCGCAUACUGCCAGAUACACCAGACACCGAGUCGUUUAGCAUAGAUACCCAUACAGGAUUGAUAAGCACACGAGAAGCAUUGGAUCGCGAGGAGAAGAGCAUGUAUAAAAUUCUCCUCGAGGUGAGCGACAAUGGACAGCCCAAGCAAUCGGUUACACGCAUCCUGAAGAUAGAAGUACUCGAUGUGGAUGAUCAUGUGCCGAGGUUUGCCAGAGAAAUUGAUGAAGGACCUUUGCCCAUGUCAGUUAGGGAGGAGGAGCCAGCGGGCACAGUUGUUGGUAAUUUCACAGCCAUUGAUGAGGACUUGGGCGAGAACGCAGCCAUCGACUAUGUCAUCAUCGAGGGCAACAACGAACAGAUCUUUGCCAUCGAGCGAACCAACGAGAGUGUGGCCAUCUUGAAGACAACUCAACCCAUCGAUCGAGAGCUGGUUGAGUCCUUUACGCUGACUGUAAAGUGCCUGAAGCUGGGAGAGCCAGCUUAUAAAUACAUUGGCGAUGCCUACGAUCGCCAGGAUCCUUCGCAUCUGCGAAUUACCGUCAAGAUCCUUGACAUUGACGACAAUUUGCCGCAGUUUGAGAGCCCGGAUUCAACAGUGGGCAUUCGCAUCAAUGUGCCCAUCGAUACGGUGAUUACAACCCUGAGAGCAAGUGAUGCUGAUGCCGAGGCUGCUCCAAUUGCCCUUUCCAUUGAGAACGUGACCUUUGUGCCGCAGUUCUACAAGCGCAGUCGGAAACUAGCCAUGGGUAAUUUGGAGAGUCUCUUCACGUUGAACAAUCGCACGGGAGAGCUCCGCACAGGGGGAUCCUUUGCGGACUAUGUCGAUGGCUACUUCUUGAUGAGGAUUUGCGCCAACAACUCGGCGAAUGCCAAGCGACAGACCAAGAGCAAUAUCAAGGUCUUUGUCAUACGAGACAAGUCCCUGCUGAAGUUCGUCUUUGCCCGUCCACCAAACGAGAUACAGCACAACAUUAAACCCUUCCAGCAGCAGCUGCAGAAGAAACUCAAGCCUCUUGGUCUGGAGCUGCAUGUGCUGGACACACAAGUCUUCACCCGUGCCGACAUGAGUCUGGACUUUACGGCGACCAGCUCCUGUUUCCAGAUGUUCCGAAAUGGCGCUGCAUUAUCCCUCAGCGAGAUGCAGAAGCUGAUGAACUCGAAGGAGUUGCGACACGAGCUCAUCGACAUUUAUGCUGCCUUUGGUGUGAGUGACUUGGAGUCCUGCUCUGUUAGACGCACCCACACGGCCGCUCUCUUUGGCAAUCUUCUCAUGUCCGCGGGGGCGUGGCUUGUCAUCCUGGCAGCCUUGAUAGGCGUGGCCGCCUUGGUGUCCCUCUGCACGGCCUGUUGCCUGAAGAAGAAAUUCAAGCGGCACAGCAAGCGUAGUCUGCAGGCCAGUCUGCGAACGCCGACGGAGCACACUCCGACCUCCUAUAGCUACUCAAUGCCCGCCGUGCUCUACUCGGAGCCCAUCUAUGGACCUUUGUAGCCUCAGCUCAUAUUCUGCACAGGCAGGACAGGUCAAGGGCAAUGUCGUUGAAUUAAAGUCAAGUUAUCUAGUGCACAAGACUCAAACCUCAUCCGACAGAUCUCUCAAUCUGCUCAGCUGACGAUGGGGCUUCUCUUUUUUAGUUGGCCAAUAUGAAGGGCACGGCCAAAACAGUCCAUACAAGCAUAAGCAUACUAUGCACGUGAUCUAGUAUGUACAUCUAAUAUACAUCUAAAUACGAUAGACUACGCUAAUGUAAUUUAAACUGUAUAUAGUCGAAUCAAAUGACUUAGGCAUAAGUUCAGUUUUAGUUUAUCAAGCGAAUCGCAAGUCAUUUAAUGUGUCAUCUACGAAUUUGUAUAGAUAGAACAGAUUUUGCAACGCCUGAAAUAAUGUGUAUUUUGUUUUGCUAGUAAUUUAGUAAAAAAUAAAUUGCAUUUACCUAUAUUUAUAUUUAUA